UACUCACACUCACAAGGCUUCAUCCGUGGAGAGACAAAUGUGUGGUUUUGGUCAUGUAUCAUCCUCUUAUGGUGUUUCCUUCUCUUUACCUAUGGUGUGUUGUGAGUGAUCUGUCUCAGCUUUGAGUCAGCAGCCUUCUCGUACACUGAGAUAGCACACUACAGCUAGUUUCUGCUUAAGGUGAAGCAUAACUCAUGCUUCACAUACAUAAAUGAGGACUUCAUACAUAAAUGAGGACUUCAUACCACAGUUAAAGUUCAUCCACCAAUAUGGAGAUCCAAAAAGACCUCAGGAGGAGACGACAUCGGAUGGAGAGUUACGACCAAAAGCUGGAACAACGGGCAGCAAAACAUGAGUUCUUGAGAGAUCGCAACAAUGUGACGACAUGUCGCAGCCCAGGAUACAAGCUGGAGGCCGACUGGAAGAGUGAAAUGCAGCAGAAAAGACAGAUGGAGUUCCAGAGAAGGAGACAGAUUGUCCAGGCUGCCACUCAUCAGGCUGAUGAAAAGGAGUCAAACAAGGAGACCAAAGUCACGAUGAGGACCAACAGGCAGAGAGUGUCUCUCAUCCACAGACAGUCCCUCAUAUCAGCAGAGGAUCUGGGGAUAACCUGGCCAGAUGUACACUCCAUCGGGAAGGCGACAUGGAUCACCUCACCACCACUGCAUGGGGCAGGAGGGAAAAACAAAAUAGGGCAGCUUCACUCUGACGUCUCACAGACAUUCCCUCACACACCACAGCAGCCUUCACUGAGGAAGAGUAUGGAUAUCAGUGAUAAAGUAGUUAAACAGGACCAGAGUGGCCUAGUAACGUUAACCAGUCAGCCACAACAGAGGAAUGCCUGCUGUCAGACAAAGCAUGGCUAUUGCACUGUUAAGGAGGCAGACCUCGUUCAACUCUCUGAGUAUCUACAGGACGCUCUGUGGCGAGAGGAUUCUCUGAAACAGAAGCUUGCUAUACUGCAGCACACCACCUCUACUCUACUGCUCUCACAUGACAAUGUCUGGAAGAUCUGUUGCAAAGAGGACAAGAUGAAGGGAAAGAUUGGGGCACUAGAGUCACAGCUGAAGAUCUGUGUUCAGAGGCUGUCCAGGGAUGGAACCAAGAAGCUGCUGCUACAGUCGGAGCAGCAGAGGCAGGAGCUGGAGGAGAUGGCCGUGGCCGCACUCCAGAGGGUCACUGACCAAAAAAACAAGGCCCAGGACAGGGCUCACAGCCUGAAGAUGGCACUGCAGACUGCCCAGGUUGAGUCAUCACAGUGCAGAGAGCGCUAUGAGGAGGAGAGGAGGAAAUGCGCCCAGCUGAGGACAUCUCUGGUGCAGAACAUAGACCAUAUAAACCUGUUACAGAGCCAGCUAGAGAAAGUGAUGGGACAGGAGGCCACUCUGGAGAGUCAGCUGCUGCAGCAGAAACACACUGAGGCUGAGCUCCACCUCAAGAUCAACCUCCUAGAGGACAACCUCCACACCUGCAGAACACAACUAGAGACAUGGAGACACCAAGACACCAAGAUACAGUAGGAGAUUGUCAGAAGACAGCAACAGGACUCCAUAGAGCAUCCAUUAGAUGAGCAGUUUCAUCCAGCCAUGUCACACCACAGCAACAAGAAACAAAGCAUGAUGGAAGCCAACGUCGAUAGGAGUGAGGUCAGAAUUAGUCUACAAUUCCCUUUCAUCUUAGUCAAACCCAGAGCACCAUCAAUUUCUGUCCCCACUGUCUUCAUCCUGUGACUCCAACAUUUUUAUUGGCUCUGCUUGAUUUUAAUCCUUUAUUAACUUGAUACUGAUGGAAUCUUUUUCUUUUUCCACCAAGAGACGUUGUUGUCCCUGGUUCAUCCUGACCCUGUUCAUGGUAGUCAUGGUGGUGGCCAUUUUGACAUUGUUACUGGUCAAUAUCCCCACAACAAGGAAUCAGCUGUGGGUCCUUUACCAAGUACUACAGGAACACACAGAGAAGUAUUGCUAUAGGCCCAUAUGACAAGACCUGGGAACUGGACAAACCUCUGAAGAACUUGCUCUAAAGGUUUUGGGAAAUACAGUAUGUUCUAUGUAUUUUUACAUCACAUUGGACUUAAUUUUUUUGCCAUUGUAAAUGUCUUUGCAUCUUGAAGUCAAUUUGUAUUCAUAACCAUGUGUUAUGGUUACUGCUUCAUGUUCAUGCUUACUUGUUGUAUCCUCUCAUAAUCAAAUACAUGUCCUCAGUAUAGUUGACACAUUUGCCACUUUUAUAACUGGACCGUAAAACUGAAAUUUUAAAAACUGAAAUUUUAAAAACUGACCCCUUGGCUAGUUUUGGACAUUUUUAUUUCAGAAAAAGGAAAAUACAAAUCAUUAGUGGGAAAAAGAGUUGAGAUCCUUUCUAACAAUAAGUGCACACCCCUUAUACUAUUUUCAUAGGCCAAAACAAAUGGUUUAAAUUCCAUAUAAUGAUAAGUGUAGGCUAUAGAUGGGGAAAAUCCACAUUUAAAUGAUCUUCCCCACUAGUACCUUUAAAAUUAUCUUCUCCAUAAAAAACUAGGUUAUAGUAAACUAUUCACCGAUCUAGCAGGACCAGUUAGAAUCACAUGAAGGAAUGGAUCUCAACAGUCAUUGGCGCCAGGUAGCCUAGCGGUUAAGAGCGUUGAGCCACUAACUGAAAGGUUGCUGGUUUGAAUCCGGAGCCGACUAGGUGA